AUGCCCGCAAGCAAGCCCUCCGAGAAACAGACCUCUGAGAAGGCCUCCAAGAAAGCACCACUGCCGCCGCUGAAAGUAAGUGCGUCCUCUGAUGUGACAAUCAGCGGCAUCAUCGCGGGCGAGUACGUGCCAGACUCCACGAACCACGGGAAAGUGGUGUAUAAGAGGAAGGAGAAGUCCCAAGGGAUAGAUGUGCUGAUUUAUUUCUGGGACGAGCGGGACGGCCCUGAGCUCUGCGGCUGGUGGUUCGGCCCUAAAGUGGGGGGCGACCAGGUGUGGGCCUACCACCCCAGCUGCACUGCGGGCACACCCCCGGCCUCACAGUGGAAUGUCCCGCACGACGGCCCGAUUGAUCAGGCUUUCUCCAUCUCUGCCAUUCGACCUGCGACUAACAGCAGCAAGCGCGCAUCCUCAACGGCAAAGGCGGAAAAGCCUGUGCCUGAAGCUGCGUCCAAGAAGCAGCGCACGGCAGAGGUGCAGAAAAAGGACAAGGCCGAGAAGAGCACUGCGCGAAAAGCCAGCCAAUCGAAGAAGCAGGUAACUGUCGAGUCUUCCAGCGAGGAUGAGGAAGAGGAGGAGGACGAAGAGAAGGAAGAAGAAGAGGACGAAGAGAAGGAAGAGAAGGAGGAGAAAGAGGACAAGGAUGAAGAGGAAGAAGACGAAGAUGAGGAAGACGAAGAAGAUGAGGAAGAGGAGGAGGAGAAGCCCAAGUCCCGAAAGAAGGAAGCCUCACGAAGCAAGGCAAAGAAGGACGAGGAGGAGGAGGACGACGACGAAGAGGAAGAGGAAGACGAGGAGGACGAAGAGGAGGAAGACGAAAAGCCGAAGUCGAAGAAGGAUAGCAAGCGAAGCUCCAGAUCCGAAGGAAAGGGAGACAGUUCAGAGAAGAAGCCAGAAUCUGCGGGCAACUACUUCGUCACCGCGUACAACAAGCGCCGGGAGGAACGGGCAAAAGCUGAAGAGGAGCGGAAGAGGGCCGACAAAUCGAAGGCCCCGGCCAAUGGCGCAGCCGCAGCAAAGGAGAAAUCCACGAAGGAUGAUGAGGCCGACGAGGACGAGGUACGUAUGCUGGAGGAGCUGCGAAAGCGAGCCGAGGAACGGAAGAAGAAGAUGGAGGACCUCAAGAAGAAGGAGGAGGAACUCAAGAAAAAGGCCGCUCCGAAGGAGGAGAGCAAGCCAGAAACCAAGGCCAAAGAAUCCAAGGAGAAGCGAUCGAAGGAGGAGAGCCAAGAUGAGCCUUCGCGUCCCCGAAAGGGCCGCGAGGACCGAGACCGGGAGGAUCGAGGGCGCGACCGCCGCGGGGACGGGCGCAAACGCUACCGCUCCGAGGACCGGAGAAAGGAAAGCGAACCGCGGAAGGGUCGGGACCGGGAGGACCGCGACGAUCGGGGGCGCGAUCGGAGGGGAGAUCGCCGGGGCCGAGACCGCUCGGAGGACCGCCGCCGGGACGACCGGGGCCGUGAUCGACGUGGAGAUCGCCGGGGUCGCGAACGGUCCGAGGACAGGCGCCGCGAUGACCGCGGGCGCGACAGGCGCGGCGACCACCGCGGCCGAGAUCGAUCUGAGGACCGACGAAAGGCAGACAGCCCAGACAAGCGAAAGGCAAAAGAGGAGCGCGACGAAAGUGAGCGAGGCGACAGACGUCAGCGAGAGCCUUCUGAGGAUGACGAAGAUGAGCGACAAGAAAAGAAGCGCCGCCAGGACGAGGAGGAAAAGAGCAAAGCCGAAGCUGACAGGAAAGCCGAGCGAGAAAAAGAAGAGGCAGCUGAGGAGAGACGCAAACUGGAGGAGCUGAAGAGGGAGGACACCAGGCGUCGGACUGACCGCUCAGAGCCCAAGCUCAGCCUCGAGGAGGAAAAGAGAAAGAAGGAAGAAGAGAUGAGGCUUAGGGAAGAAGAGCUGCAGAAGCGGCGUGAGAAGAAGCGAGCGCUCGAGCAGGAGGAGAAGACCAAGAGUGAUGCCGACAGGAAAGACCGGCAGAAGGACAGACGGGUGGACGAGGAUAAGAGAAAGGAUGACGAGGACAAGGACAAGGAGGAUCCGAAGCAGAAAGAGGAAGACACCCGCAAAAGGCUGGAGCAAGAAGCCAAAGUUCUCCGUGAACAGCAGGCGAUGCUCAAUGUUCUCAGGGUGCUGCAGAAGCUGUCGAAUGCGACGCCCGAGACGUUUGAGUCUCUGAAGAAGGAGCUGGAGGAGGUCUUGCGAACCGAGCUGCCUGAGACGGGCGAGCAGCAGACGGUCCUCAAGGCAGAGGCCGAUCGCGUUUUGGAGUAUGCGAAGCUUUAUGUGGCUGAGGUUUCAGGCAAAAAGCCUGGCUCCUGA